UCUACCCGGCCCUUUUCUUUCCUACUCUGGUAAGGUCCCUGCACGUGAAACAAAGUUAAAGUAUGUUUGAAUUUUGUUUCAACGUCACUGAAUUACACUCCACAUGUUAUGGUUUUGACGCCAAAAUUCUUCGAGCAUUAGAGUUUAGUUUUGGGCAGACUUGAUCGUGUCUAGCUCUCCAUGCCAGUAACAAAUCAUAAGAGUUGUGUGUAAACUGAGUUCCCCAAUCUCUGCAGGGGCGUAACUAGAGGAGGGGUCCUGGGGUGCCGUGACCCCCUUUUGUAAGCAAGCAACCUGCAACAGGUGGCGAAAACGACAUGACAUUCUGAUGAUGAGUACCCUCACUUUGACACAGUGUGACUCCCCCUUUGAAAAAUCUUGGCUACGCCCCUGCAAACGCAAAGGAGCAUGAAUGCAAGUUAAAUAUUUCUUUUCUUUCAUGAUGCCUGCCGUGCAUAUAAAAUUUAAUGAAUAUUGAUAUAAAUUGUAAUUGUGUCAGGUCAAUGCGCCGAGCAGAUACAAUCUGACUUUGUGUCCGGCCUCAUGCUUAAAUAAAAAACGUAGUAUGAAAAUCACUUGAAGAGUCUAGACAGACCGGAAAAACAGCCCACUUUAAACGUCAUUGUUUACUUGGAAUUCGAACCUCCCUAUUGCUGUACUUUUGUUUAAUAGAUGGCUUCAGGGUUAGUGUACGUAAUGGGCCAACACGUUCAAUUUGGAAACAAUUGGAUGAAAGCAAAUUCUUAUCACAGAGGAAGACCGAGUCCAAUUUAGCAUUCAAAGGGAUAUUUGAAUUCAAUUACUUCCAAAUCCAUCCAGAAUGCGUUUCUUUGGAAAAAUCCAACACUGGAUUCUCAAAUACAAAAAAAGAAUUUUGCGUUUCUUUACAAAACAGUGAAUUCAUGAUCACCCGGAUCACGGUGGAUUAAAGGGACCAAAAAAAUCCUCUCUGGGCAAGAAUUAUUUUGAACCAAAAUCAGAUUCCGUGUAAUUAAAAAAACCCGUGGCCGGCCCGCUAUAUGCGUCACGCGUAUAACGAGGUUUGCACCAGUUACUAAGGUGCAAACAUGCGAAAUAAAUUACUUUUGUUCGGAUGAUCUGUUCCUUAAAACUUACCCUGCGAUCGCAUGCGAGACAGUCAUUCUCUUCUUUUUCCGCAUGGUGAGAGACGAGAGGGAACUUCAGCUCGCAACCGCGGACUGGGCUCGGCCCUAGGCCGUCCUGGCUAACAAAGCGCGAGCAGAGCAUGAAACGGGCUCGGCCCUAGGCCAUUCCGGUUAAAUGAAUCAAUAAUUCCAUGGUAAAGUCAGUUGGGCCUUGGAAACAUGGUAGCUUUAAGUGUUUGUUUUGCUUCUUUCGUACUUCUGUGGAGUUGUGCUUGGUCAUAUCGACGGCCACUGGGGGAUUUCGUAAACCACUAUGAAACUCUGAACUACGACACAACUGCAGUACUCAGGGAACAUGGUCGAGUGAGGCGUUCAAGUCCAACAAGCGAUCAUCGCAUUGACAUCAAUUUAAAAACUCAUCAAAGAAAAUUCAAGAUACGUCUGAGAAGGGAUACGGAACUUUUCACAAAUGACUUUACAGUAGAAAAUGCUGACUUUGAUCCUUCCAUGAUAGUCAAAGGAGAUGUAAAAGGACAUAAAAAUUCGUUGGUCCAUGGUUUUAUAUCCGAUGAUGGCGUAUUUGAAGGCAAAAUCCAUGUAGGGAAUGAUGAGUAUUUUGUUGAGUCAGCAAAAGAGUAUUUCAAGGUCGCUCCUAAAGACUUUCACUCAGUUAUCUAUGAGAGCAAAGAUGUGCACUACCCUCAUGCUUAUGGUCCAGGAUGUGGAGUGAAUGAAAAAACAAAGCGGUGGAUGGAUGAGGUUAAAAGGUCAGCGGUGAAACAAAAAGAGAUUGAAAAGAAGCAUAUUACCAAGCUUGAAGCUUUCACACAGAGAUAUCGGAGGACAGUUGGAGACAUUGAUCCAAAGAAAGUGUCUUGCACCUUAAAGAUGAGGGCUGAUCAUCUGUUCACAGAGCACAUGGCUGGAGGUAAUAAACAGAGAGCCAUGAUGCUUAUGGCAGAGCACGUAAAUGCUGCAAAUGCUAUUUAUAAAAAUACAGACUUUAAUGGCGAUGGCAGAUUUGAAGGCAUUCAGCUCCAAAUCCAGAGAAUGCAAGCCAAUGACAGUUCUGAUGCUAAAGUUGCCAGCAACCCUUACAAAGAUAACAACAUUGCAGUGGAAAAGCUCCUGGUGCUAACCUCUGAGGAAAACCAUGAUGACGUGUGCCUGUCUUACAUCUUUACCUACCGUGAUUUUGCUGACGGGUUACUUGGGCUUGCUUGGGUUGCUGAAAGUGGUGGUGCUUAUGGCGGAAUUUGCGAAAAAUCAAUAUAUUUCAGAUAUGGAAAAAGCUUGAAAACGAAAAGCUUGAAUACAGGAAUUGUCACUUUUAAACAAUACAACAAGACAGCGAUAAAGAAGGUGUCUCAGAUCACUUUUACUCAUGAAACUGGCCACAGCUUUGGUUCACCACAUGACAGUCCCUCUAGAUCUAACUGUGUCCCUGGAGGAAGAGAAGGAAAUUACAUUAUGUUUGCCGGAGCCACGAGUGCAAACCUUAAGAACAACCGACUCUUUUCUCCAUGUAGCAGAGAAUCAAUAAAUGAUGUGAUGGAUGUAAAAGGAAGAUGCAUUGCUGACAGAUGCUGCUUUAGGGAUGGCGAAGGAGCUAUCUGUGGUAACAAGGUUGUGGAUGAAGGUGAAGAGUGUGAUUGUGGAUAUAUAGGAGAUAAUUCAUGCAGGAUGGAUGUAUGCUGCAUAGGUCGUAACGCAAACAGUGGUUGCAAACUUAGGCCAGGGAAAAUCUGCAGGUUUAUAUCUAUACAUUGCAGUUUGUGUUUAUUUUUUUGUAACAUAUACGGCUCUGUACACGAGGAAGAACAGGAGGCACGAAAGGCGUGUUGUUAUUGUAUUUUGUUACAGGGACAGGAGUGUUUUACUGAAAACUAACACAUUUGUAGAAUCCAUAAAUCACUACAUCCGAGCCCCGGGUGGCGUAUUUUUUGUAUGUUACUCUCACGAGUGGUAUAUCAUGAAAUGAUGGCAUGAUUCCCGACUUAA